UUUCCGCUCUGAGGCCGAACGGACGAAGCUGAUCUACGCAGGAAAAGCUACCGACGAGCGGAGGAACAUUUGUUCAACCCAGCGACUCGGCUCCGGACCCUGAAGUGUCCAAUCUACCGGGAGCUCGGUAUCUCCACCGAGGCUAGAGGGGGAGGAGGAGGCCGAAGAGGAACCAGCCGCCGGAGCAGGAGGCAGUCGGACUGUCCGCUAUGGAAGCCGAGUUUCGGGAAAUCGAUGACAACGGGAGCUGGAGCUGCGUCUACCAGGAGAUUCGUCACCAGUCUUGUGAUCUGCCAUGCAAACUUGCCAAACUCCCCGAAAACAAGAAUCGGAACCGCUACAGAGACGUGAGCCCAUUCGACCACAGCAGAAUAUGUCUGCAGCUGGGAGCGAACGACUACAUCAAUGCCAGCCUCAUCACGAUAGAGGAGGCACAGAGGAAAUAUAUCCUCACUCAGGGACCCCUUCCAAACACAUGUGGCCACUUCUGGGAGAUGGUGUGGGAGCAGAGGAGCCGCGGUGUGGUGAUGCUGAACCGAGUCAUAGAGAAAGGAUCCAUUAAAUGUGCCCAGUAUUGGCCAUUCAGAGAAGAUAAAGAUGCUAUUUUUGAAGAUACCAACUUCAAGCUCACCCUCGUCUCAGAAGACGUCAAAUCUUACUACACAGUCCGUGAGCUGGAGCUGGAAAAUCUGUCUACUCAGGAGACCCGUGAGAUUUUACAAUUUCACUACACCACCUGGCCUGACUUUGGAGUACCAGAGUCUCCGGCCUCCUUCCUUAACUUCCUGUUCAAGGUGCGAGAGUCCGGGUGUCUGAAUUCCGAUGAGGGACCUUUGGUGGUUCACUGCAGCGCCGGCAUCGGACGCUCUGGGACCUUUUGUCUCGUGGACACCUGCCUCUUGUUGAUGUCCAACCGUAAGGACCCGUCUUCAGUUCGUAUUCGCGAUGUGCUGCUGGAGAUGCGCCGCUAUCGAAUGGGUCUGAUUCAGACAGCGGAUCAACUUCGCUUCUCCUACCUCGCUGUCAAUGAAGCUGCCAAGUACAUCAAGGGAGACACGUCCCUGCAGGAGUCAUGGAAAGAGCUGUCGAACGAGGAAGACGAUCCCCCAGAGUUCACCCCUCCGCCUCCUCCCCCUCCUCCCAGAGACCCUCACAAUGGCAAAAUUGAGCCGUCUUUUUUCCCUGAAAAUGAUGAAAUCGUCCGACACAUGGAGAGCAGGACUUUGGGGUCCUCACAGGAGACCGAGCUGCGAAAGAGGAACAUCGCUGGCCCACCGCCUCCCCCUGAUCAGACCGAGCAGCUCGAUGAUCACAAGGUAAUCCAAGAUCUGACCUCCGAAGCUCCAGCCAAAUCCCAGCAGCCGCCCGAGGCCGAGAACCAGGAGAAGCCCGAGGCAGCGGAGCAGCCAAAGGAAGAAACUCCUGCGCCGGGGGCUUGGCCCCCUCUACUAGCCAACGUGUGCCUGUGCACGGCACUGGCUCUCAGUGCUUAUGUCUGUUAUCGGGCCUAUUUCCACUGAUGUCUGUCCCGCCUCCUUUCUGUUUCCCCUCCCCGUCUCUCCACUGAGAGAAGUGGACUGCUCUGGCCGAUCAGCCUGCUUUGACUCCGGGUUUACUCUGCGAGUGAGAGGAUUAUUUGGACUUCAGCAGAUUCAGGUUCACUCGUUUUGUCUUUUUACGACUGCAGUGCGAGGGGCCGGCUCCUCCUCCUCACCCAACCAAACCUUCUGUCAGUGUGUCAUCAUGGAUGCUCAGGGCCUCAGUUUUCAGGUGUCGCAUGUUAAAUAUGUGUAAACGCAGACUCGACAAAACAAUGACACGUCUUGCCAUCAGUCUCCGCUCUUAUUUACCAAAUGAGUUCUUCCAUUUCAUCCUUUUUGCAAUGUGUCCGUAAUGAUUUCUCAUUUUCCCUUAGUUAUCUUACUCAAAUCAUUUAUCCACAUCUCUAACCAGCCUGUCUGAAAAUAUCCCAGUGAGGUAGCCAAUUUAAUUAGUUCUUUAGUUUUGGCUCAAUAUUAGAUUGUGUGUAUUUGUAUAGUGCUUUGCCAUUCAACUAUUCACAAACACACAGUGCAUAUAUUUGCAGAAUAAUACACUGCCGUCACUGCAGUCAGGGGCCUUCUGCUUACUGGACAACCCCGUUCUACCUUCUGAGCCCAGCCGCCUGUUAAACCUGUUCAAUAAGGUGAAGUGAAUGAAAGUAAGACUGAAGCGAUGCUGUUUCCACUAGAUAAGAGAUGCAUGCUGGGAUGGGCACUGAAUCGUUAUCUGCCCCCAGUCGUGGGCAGGAGGCUGGUCGAGUCCGUACAGUGUGUGUGUGUGUGUGUAUUAUUGUGUUUAUGAGUGGUAGUUGUUGAAACUUUCUACUGGUGCUUGAGUUAAAUCCACUCAGUGAGAAGUAUUAAUACAACAUUUACAGGACAUUAAGCGUGAGAUGUGUAGCCCAGGCAUUCUUCUCUCCCUGGUAGAUCAACAGUGACUCAGAAUGGUAAAUGGUCUGUAUUUAUAAAGCAUCGAUGUCCACUCAUUCAUUCAGUGCAUCUAUGUGCAGAACUUUCUCUCUCACACUGUCGGCACAGCCGUCUUUCAACAUUUAGGAUUCAGUACCUUGCCCGAGGACACUUGUGGAAUAGGGGAGACUGGGAUCGAACCGCUAACCUCGUGCUUAGAGGACGAGCCGCUCUUCCUCCCCCAACAUAACGACGUUGAAAACAAAAUGGUGCAGGAAGAGGUUGAUAUGUGACUCUUUCCAUUUUCCUCGCAUUCUUCAAUUGACACUGGAAUGAUACUGACAUCUUGAGAUGUGUUUCUUCUUUUUAAGGUCAACGCCUUUUCCUUGUUUUUCAGUCACCGUGGAUAAAAAUGUGUGGAGGAUUUUCACAGCAAGAGAAUGUGUAACAUAACCUGAAAGCAGCUGAUGCAUGUAAUCGAAUGUCAGACACAAAGUAGCUCACACCCGUUUCGCCAGCAAUACAAACCCUUAAUAACGUGUCACCCUUCAUGUUAACGAACUCAGUGUCACAGGGAGCCGAGGAUUUUGAACAAACCAAAUAUCAAACACCAGCACAGGGAUGGAAACAAUACACUGUAGUAAUAAUCCGUUGCAUCGUGGUGCAGCCCCGAGCUGGCAAUGUUUUCUAUGAUUAUGUUCUUUUAACGCAUGCUGCAUUUGUGAAUCAACAGGUUUGUCCUAAGAAGAGAUUAGUUGAGCUGCUAGCGUCGAGUUUAAUUUGCGACUGGACAGAGUUCAGUGCUCGAGUCUGACAGCUGUACCUUCCUUUCGAAUGUAUGAACGUCCCGUCCGAGGACAAACCCUUAUUCUUAGAUCAUAUAUUUUUUUCAAAUCAGGUUUCAGUGUGCUGAGUUUUUUUUUUUUCUUCUUUUUUUUUCUGCUUUAGCAAGGGAUGAAAUCUCAGCACCUGUGCAGCCAUUGCACCAGGUUUCCCUGUUUUUCUACACUUACGCUGAGCUUAAAAACAUGUAUUUUUUUAUUUACAUUUGUUGUUUUACUUUUUAAAUAAAAUAAUUAAAAAAAAAAGAAUCUACUGAUUUACUCUGUUGUCUUUGGAACCUAAUUCUCAGUGUGACAUCUGGGACCAUGACUCUGGAAAUAAAAGAUCACUGAACACUG